AUGGCAUCAAGCGCCAUAAACACCCAGCAGCCGGAGGAGAUUUACAACGGCAACACUAUGACUCCGGAAGGACCAGAGUUCUUCUCCCAGAAAUAUAUGGCGGCCACGUACAAAUGCCGCUACUGCGUAAAACCCAAGAAGACGACCACGGAUGUGCACGCACAUUGCCCGUAUACAACAAACGACAAGCGUGACUUCGAGCGCCAUGAAGCUCAGCAUCGGCGUGAGCGCGGGUUCAAGUGCAGCAUGUGCGACAAGACGUUCGGCCAAGCGUCCCAUCUCAAGAAGCACACGGAGAAAGAUCAUCUGGGGUACCUUGAGGAAUGUCGCUUCUGCGACUACAAGUGCAAGGAGCAGAUCCGGCGCCACGAGCAGAAGGCGCAUCCAGCCGAGUACAAGGCCGCGAAGGAGGGAGAGGACAGACAAGCCAAGGGAGCCAGGGCUGCGAAGCGCGAGCAGCUCAAAAGCAGGCGGGUGGAUAGCGUGAAUCCUUCGCCACUAUCGCAAGUACCCACAAUGGCACCAGCACCAUCAGCACCAGCACCACCAGCGCUAGCACCACCAGCGCUUCAGGCCGAUGUCGAUCUGUUCUCUGCGCCUUGGCUCCAGCCUAUGGUGGAUCUGCCGCCCUUGUACACCACGGCGCAAGUACCAUCAGCAAUCGAUGCUGAUGGCAAUCUGCCAUCUACGCUCUGGUUCCCGACUGUGGCGGAUUCGGGAUUCUUUGAUAGCAUCGAGCCAGGAGAACCUUUCCUCUCGGUCGACCAGGCGGCUAUUGAGUAUGAGCCGCAGCUGGAGCCGCAGUAUGAGCCGCAGUAUGAGCCGCAUUAUGAGCCGCAGUAUAUGGGGGCGGCCUUGGAUGACGACUUUUCUGCUGGGUGGAUGGAUUUCGAUGGCUCAUUCGCCAUGGGCAUGUAG